GACUCGAAAGUACCACAGCGGUGAAUAAGCUUUUUGUCGGUUCUCGGCAUUCGUUACGAAAAGAAGUUUUAGAUUGCUGCAUAGACAGUUAUAUAAAAAUAAUAUAGACGCGUGUAUUCGAGGUGUAUAUAGCACGUAGUGUAUUUUAUUUCUUAAAAUCUAUCGUUAUAAUUGAAACGUGAGCCUCAUCAAACGGAGCAGCUCGAAAGAAAAAAGUUUUGUUAUUGUCAUGUGACGUGAUACGCAUGUGGCGAUAAAGUGUGGCUAAUUUCUCGGACAAUUUAUACCCAGUUAUUUGAUUUCAACGUACAAGUCCUAUUUUCAAAGUAUGCCUCAACCAAAAUAUAGAAAGAUCGCUGUUUUGGGAUACCGGUCAGUGGGAAAAUCCUCUCUCACUAUUCAGUUCGUGGAAGGGCAGUUUGUGGAUGCAUACGACCCCACAAUUGAAAACACCUUUAAUAAAAUGGUGUCUGUGAAUGGACAAGACUUUAAUCUUCAGUUGGUUGACACUGCUGGACAGGACGAGUAUUCAAUUUUCCCACAGUCUCACUCAAUGGACAUACAUGGAUAUGUUCUGGUGUACUCUGUCACAUCAAUGAAAAGCUUUGAAGUGGUUCAGGUUCUACAUGACAAGCUGCUUGACAUGGUUGGAAAAAUACAGGUACCAACAGUUCUUGUUGGGAAUAAAAAAGACCUUCACAUGGAAAGAGUUAUUAAACCAGAAGAAGGCAAAAAAUUAGCUGACUCUUGGGGAGCUGCAUUCAUGGAAUCAUCUGCUAAGGAAAACCAGACAGCUGUAGAAGUUUUUAAGCGGAUAAUUUUGGAAAUGGAGAAAGCAGACGGAAAUGCCCCAGCUGAAGAUAAAAAAUGUUGUGUGAUGUAGGUGCUGGUCUUUAAAAAAAAAAAAAACACAGCAAGCUACCUGGCCAAAGUUAAGAGUGACGACAUCACCAGUAAGCAAGACACAGUGCGGUGGUGGGACUGCCGUUUUAAAACUCUACUCUAUCCACCUCACAGCAGACAGGACGAGUUAUAUAUGAAAUAAUAAGAAAUUGAGAAAAACACGAAAGAAUGGUAAGCUUUCCCAGAAUAAAUAUUCCCCCAAAGGAAAACCAUUUAAAGCACCGAUUUCACUACGGUUUGUUUUCAAUCAAAAUUCAUGCAGGUGCAUUUAAGGUGAAUUAUUUUAAUUGGAACGUUUGGCCCCUAGCACACAUCUUAGAACCUCUGUGCCAUAGGGAUUUGCUGAGUGAACUAUGACCUGGUCAACUCCUGCUGGAUAACAUGCCUUUAACAUAGAAUGAAUUAAUGAAUCAUGACAUAUGAAUCUUGUUCAUCCAUCCAUGACUUAUUGUGCUGGACCAUGUGCCUGAUGUGUUCUUGGUGACAUGAGUGGGCAGGUAUUAUACCCUUGUCACAACAGAUAUUGAGGCCUAAAGCAAGUGUUCACUCAUUUUUUUUUUUCCUUUCCCCUCCCCGCCAGGUAAUUUUUUUUUAUUCAACUUUGUAUUCAUUUUUAUUUGUCGCUAGAUAUAAUUUAGAGGUGUGUUCUUUUUUUUUUUUUUUUUUUUUUUUUUUUUUAAACAAUGGUGACAAUUUUGUUUAGUAUAGCUAUGGUUCAUGCUUCGGCAAACAUGUAUGUAGGGUUAGUAAGAAAUGUAGUUAUAUUUGGUGCAAAAAAGUUCCAAGUAAGGCAUAACUUGCCUUGACAAUAUAUCAAGCCAGUAAUCACCAUGAAAAUGGCUUUUAAAUAAAUUAUUUGACUUUUAUGCCCCAGGAAUAAUGUAAUUGGUUUGUUUUUGCUUUUGAGGUGAAGCAAUUCAUUACUUUUUAUGGGUUGAUAUACAUUAGACAUUUAUUUAGUCAUGCAUGUUUGUUGUUUAUGCUUGAAUCAGGCAUAAAUUUGAUCAUUGUACAGCAAGAUCUGGAAAAUAUAUCACCAGAGCACAACUAAAAUUUGAAAAUUUUCUAAAUUUGUAAAACUUGACGCUUCAGAGAUUAGAUGAAAUAUGGAGUUAUUUAUAUCUCUCAAAACCUCCCCAUUAAGUUCUCUAUUAUUAACAUUUGUUUUGAAGAAUGCUAGUUAAAAAAAAAAGUUCGCAAUAAUGUAAUGUUGCAUAAAGCCCUCACACCUUGAGUUUGGGCAGAAAAAGAAAUGCCUUCAGUUUAAAAUACUGGUUUUUGAACUUCUCAAAACUUCCCAAACUUAUGGGCCAUCUGACUGCUUAUUUAUGGUUCAUUUAUUUAGAGUAUUCGUCUAAAUCAUCUCACUUUCUAGCAGCUAACUGGAAGUUAACUGAUGAGACUUAUCACUUAACUCCAAGACAUCCAAACAUUUAGUGAUAAAUCAGUGUCUGAUGGUAUGCUCGUUCAAACUCCAGUGUAAAUGCUGUCAAAACCAUAUCAUCACAAACUCAAAGUGUAGUUGUUGAUGCUUCGUGAUUGUAUUAACAAUCUCAUAUUAAAAUACCAGUGUUAUAAAAUGAUUUUUCAAGUCGGUAUCGUACUUUCCAUAAGCAUGUCAUAGCAUCUGUUUUUUUUUUUUUUCCUUUAUUGGUGUCAUACAAAGUAUUCAAUCUGUACGUUGUCUCAGGUACGUGGUCUGAGAAAGUUCUUCGCACAUUUGUGGGUCUACAAAUACAUUGUGUACUGGACUAGUUGAGUUGGAUUGGCCUUCAACAUUGGUGGUUUAAUCUUGAUUGGUUUGGUUUAAAUUGAAAAAAGCAGUAUUAUAGAAAUUCUGCAUAUUGAGUACUAAAAUAUUGUAUGCUUGAUCAGCCUUUGCUUUAUAUUCAGUGCGUUUCUUUUGAUAGUAGGAACCUAGAUUGUGACUUUUUUUGGGUGCUUAAGGGAAGUCUUGUUGUAUUUAUUUUGAUUGGGGAAGCAAGGGAAAAAUUCAUAUUUUAAGCAAGCAAGGUGAUGCUGUGUUAAGUGCCUUUAUCCCCAAACCACUUUUGGUUUGUGCUUAUGUCUAAGCUGUGAACAUAAUGUCCUGAAUUACUCUCACAGUGUAACAUAUAAAAUCUCCAUAUAUACCCAGCAUCUCAUUUCAGUUUGUCUACAUCUAAUUCAGGCUGGUAGCUUGAAGCUACGUCAGUCACAUUAUUUUACGUCCACAUGUAAACGUGGGGAUAAAAAUAGCAUGACUUAAUAGGUGAAUUUAAAAUCAGUCGUCACUUUAGGCAAAAAAAAGCUUUUUUUUUUGAAUUAAGUUUAAUGAAAAGGCACGGUGGCAUGCAAAUAACAGGUAGUUACCACUUCGACUACUCUUACUAGGAAAGUCACCAGCAUCCAUUCAGAUUAUAAGAUAUCCAGACACAUUAAAAUUCCUUCAGGUUCAUGGUGCUCUUUCAGGGGUUUUUUUUUUCCAAUGUCACCUAAAGUUUGUAUUUAUGGGGAAUACUCUUGUGGUAUCCCCCAAUACCUCUGAGUCUCUGCUGUGGUGAGGGUCAUAGAUAAUUUGGAAAAUCUUGCUGUAAGCAAUUUUGUAUAUACAAAUAAAAUCUUUACUCCUUUC